GCAAGCAUGGCACUCCGACGCCUGCUGUGACGAUACGGCCCCAGAACUCAUCACCAUACAAAAAACCAUCGCUAUCAUCCGGUUCGCUGACCAAUCGAUUGCAGACCGGACCGGUAGUGGCGCACUCGAACGAUGAAAUCCAACGGCUUGCCCCGUCUACCUCGACCGAAGAGCUCAAUCAGGAGAUGGCCAAUCUGGAGGGCCUGAUGAAGGAUCUGAGUGCAAUAACGGCGAACGAGUUCGAAUGCUAAGCUCAUCCGUGCAGCAUCGGUAGCGUUUAGCGGGAGAGCAGCAUGCGUGAUGCAAACUGAUUUAGUCAUUAUUAGUUUUAAUUUUGCCGAACGACAUGGUCUUGCGUGAGAUGGUCUAGCACGAGUGUGUAACUCUGUGAUGAAUGGGUGCGAUGAGUGCGAGAAUGUGAGGAGAGCAGACAGCAUUCGACUGAAGGAACCGCUACGUUUGUUCCAUUUGAAACUCGCGGUGACUCGUAGUGCAGCUAUGUAAUUAACUUGAUUUUUUGUGACAUAAUCUAGCAUAGUUCAAGCAUCGAUAGAGCAUCGGAGGACGACACAUUUUGUGCACAAAACAAAUUAAUUUAUUAAACCUACGUUGUUCCAUUUUAAUUUUAUGAAAAUUUUCAACGACGAUAGCCAGAAAAUAUUUCUACAGUUUUUUGUAUCGUACGGAAGACACGCUAGUAUCCUUGAGACUUUGUAGGUUAGGAGCAAUCUUCGAAUGAGUCUUUAGUGAUAAGAAAAUCUUUCAGCGGCUUCUUUCGUUCCCAUUCGUCAUUGUCUCAUUGUCGCGUGCGCGACAUCUGUUCAGGAAAAGCUCUCUAACAUCCGUUCUACAUUUAUGCGAAUCAGCAGAAACUCAUAACAAUUGUAAAUAUUCCUCUAGCAGUAGGUGCAUAAUUCGUACUCAUUCUAUGUUUGUUUAACGUUGUUUCGUUCUGCCAAUUUCUAUCCGUGUCAUUUAGUUCAUUUGUCGUCUAGUAAGAUGCACCGAGGAGCAGCUCCAACCUGCGUCUCCUCAAGUAUGUAAUCACGUAAACCAAAAUGCUAUGCCCAGUGAUUUUAUUGCUAGUAGAACAGAAAAAAUACUCAAAACUGAAGACACUUGUUGUUUUAUUUAAGAAGCGAUGUGUGUAUCUCUUUUUGCUUUGCCAUGUGAAUGCAUCUCAUUGGAAUGGGAUCGAGGGAAAAGAACACAAAUGAUAAAAUAGGGAUCAAUCUUACAAGCCACCAACAUGCCACGCUCGCACUGCCAUACCAAGUCAACGAGUUCCACAAUUGAACUCAUAUUUUCUUAGGUUGUGCAUGUGCUCAGCAGUAUCCUACUGUCAGCUGCCGGCUGGUACCGAUCGUGUCCUCAUUUGGAAUCCUAGCGGUUUAGCAGCGUACCGGUGCUAGCAGAAUAUAAAGAUAGUGUUGCAUGGUAGAUACAACAUGCCACCGUCUAUUUAGAUGGUGGUGGCACAAGUGUAUUGUAAAAACUUUUGAGCAUUUGGAACUUUUUAUACAACCUCCAACAUCCUCCAGGGAGGGUUGUCUGUGUAUCGUAAUAGUAACUUUAUUUUAUAUACCAACCUGAAGUAGGAAGAAGGUGUUCCUAAUUGAUCACAAGAUAGUUUGCAGACACACAAACCACACCGAACGCACAUCACAAUCACAUCACAAAUAGUUAGAACGCCAUCGAGGAACCUGUGAGGAGCACACGUAGUGAGGACUCCAAAACAUUAGCUUAGGGAGAGCAAAUGUGUACGAAGUAAGCAAUUACCGCGGUAUCACUUUUCUAUGGAACGAAUUUACGCGAAAACCGUCAUUUGAACCAGAAUGGCAGACCUUGACGUAAUUAUCUCGUACGUUUAUCGAUACUGUAUCGGUUCAUAUUCACCCCGAGUCCUAGCAAAACUAUAUUGAUCAGUUUUAGCCUCCAACGGAAAGCUUACUUUACUCUCGUCCGCUUCUCAAUCAUCCUAAGCGUUUAGUUGAAUGUCGAAGGUUUCCAUUAAAGGCUCUGUAAAUAGCAUCUACUCAUACACCUAUCGCAUCUAAUCAACCUGCCAUUCUUCGUUCAUCAGCAUCUAACGGCCUUAAGCGGUCGCAUUUGCCCCGCAAUGGACGGAAACAUUUGGGUCAGUGUUGGCAGCGAAACUAAGAAUACCGUUCGGUCGGAAGCUAGAAACUGAAUUGUUGAAUGUGAAACUCCCCGCUCCUCUUUGGCGAAUACGCAUUAGUCAAAUUGUUCGCAACAUCAGCAAGGGAAAGUAAAAACACUUCACUCAAACGGCUCAACCGAAAGAAAAAAGAAAAACACCGAGAAAAACGGUCGAGCGAACCCUAAACAUGAUAUAACGAUGAAUAAGCCUAAAACUGGUAGCAUUUUUCUAAUAUUACUGUAUUUAUACAUUACUAAAGCAACAAAUGGGAAAGGCGAUCAAGGAAAAGCCCGCGGCGACGAACGUUGGUGUAACGAAA